AUGGAGAGUUCUUUAAAAAUUAUAAUGUCAGAACGUGGGAAAGAGUUAGCUGUGGUUUCUUCACAUAAAUAUCGUUUUAUAAGAAAACGCAAAGACGAAUUAUUAAAAUGGAUAUGUUAUAACAAAAGUUGUUAUGCCAGUAUUUUAACUGAUGUCAAAAAAACUCAAGUUUUCCACAGAACUUUUAACGCUCAUUUCUAUAACUCACAUCCACCAAUAUACUUUGUGCUUGAGGCAUUAAAAGAAAUGCAGGCUGAAACCAAUAUAAAAAUAUCCACUAUACGUCUAUACAAAAGAAUAUAUCCAAAGCUAUUCCAUCUAAAGAUAUGCAAAAAAUUAACCAUGUUAUAA